GGGCAGCCAGAGGAAACAAACGCCGGCGCUGCCAUGGGUCGCCAGUCCUGCCGAGGCGCCGAGCACACAGACGGAAGUGCACAGCCGUCCGGGGCCCGCGUUCGAGGAGCUGGGGACCGAGCUCUCUGAUUGCCCUGUCUGCCUUUUACACUUGCUGGACUUGAGGUCUGACCCCACACCUGCCUGUUACCUUGCGAGUGCCUGCCCAUUUCUAGCCGGCACCAUGCCUAUCCUCAAGCAGCUGGUGUCCAGCUCUGUGCACUCCAAGCGCCGCUCUCGAGUGGAUCUCACCGCGGAGAUGAUCAGUGCCCCUCUGGGUGACUUCCGCCACACCAUGCACGUGGGCCGGGCUGGAGAUGCCUUUGGGGAUACCUCCUUCCUCACCAGCAAGGCAGGUGAGGCUGAUGGUGAGUCCCUGGAUGAGCAGGCCUCGACGUCGUCAUCUUCCAAACGCAGCCUCCUAUCCCGAAAGUUCCGGGGCAGUAAACGGUCACAGUCCGUGACCCGAGGGGACCGGGAGCAGAGAGAUAUGCUGGGCUCCCUGCGAGACUCAGCACUGUUUGUCAAGAAUGCCAUGUCCCUGCCUCAGCUCAAUGAGAAGGAAGCCACUGAGAAGAACUCCAGCAAGCUACCCAAGAGCCUGUCAUCCAGCCCUGUGAAAAAGGUAGAUGCUGGAGACAGUGGCCAGGAGACAGGCUCAGGGGAGCUGGGUCCUCAUCGGAAUGGGGCCACAGGCCCCCAUUCUCCUGACCCACUCCUGGAUGAGCAGGCCUUUGGGGACCUGACAGAUCUACCCAUUGUGCCCAAGGCCAGCUAUGGGCUGAAACAUGCUGAGUCUAUUAUGUCCUUCCACAUUGACCUGGGGCCCUCCAUGCUGGGCGACGUCCUCAGCAUCAUGGACAAGGACGAGUGGGACCCAGAGGAGGAAGAGGAUGGUGGUUACCAUGACAAAGAAGGCCCCAGCAGCAUGGUCCAGGCUCCCCCUUUGCUAGAGGUAGCUCCUCCAAUAGGAAGACAUGAAAGCAAGGCUGGCUCGGACCAGGCCUCCAUGCUGCCCCCACAUGCUCUGGAAGAUGAUGGGUGGGCAGCAGCCGCCCCCAGCCCCAGCUCAGCACGCAGCGUGGGCAGCCACACCACACGGGACAGUAGCUCCCUGUCCAGCUGCACCUCGGGUGUCCUGGAGGAACGCAGCCCAGCUUUCCGAGGCCCAGACAGGGCCCGGGCUGCUGCCCCAAGGCAACUGGACAAGGAAUUCUCCUUCAUGGAUGAGGAGGAAGAGGAAGACGAGAUCCGAGUUUGAGGCGGGACAGAAAGUUAACAGUAGUUUCCACAACUCUGGGCUGCAUCGUGUCCCUGUUGCUGCCUUCACUGUGACCUUUGACCUUCCUGUGUAGGCGCAGCUAAGAACCUCAUUGGAGUAGACCCUGGACCUCACGGAUUGGAAACCAGGGAGGUAGCGUGGGUACUGAUGGCCUGACUCUGACCUGUUCUUCCUCUACUGAAGCAGCUGGGACAGAGCCGUGUCCCAGCAGGAAUCCACUCUCCUCUGUCUGGGCCCCAGUCGGACGCCAGAUGUUAGUUCGCUUUCCUGCAGCAAUGUCAGGGCAGCCAGGUGUGGCCUCUCUCGAAGGUCAUGGACACUUGGUUUCUUUUUAUCACCUGGUGUCUGGUGCCUACCUGGGAGGUACAUGCAGCAGGAGGCAGGUGUGGCUACACAUCCCGGCUCUUCGUUCUCUACCCCUGGCUCCUUGCUGGAAGCCUGGUGCUCUUUGGGAUCCGUUGGAACCAGGGCGGGCCUCACCCAAUACACUAAAUGCAGUCCUUCCCAAGGGCCAGGACGGUGGGGGACAGAAGGAACUCCCCCGGCCCCCAGCUUCUUGGGUUUUCAAGAAGGGGCCCUUCCUCGGUGACACUAGGAACAGGAAGGGCUAUCUCUGCCCUACAGGUGCAUUUGUUUGUUUGUUGUUGUAUGUUUAAACGCGAAUAGAGCUACCAGGAGAAUAUAAUCCUGUUCACAAGAUUGUCUUGGUGGCACAGUGACUGUUAGCUUACUAACCCUGGCUGUACAGACCCUGUCCAGGUUGAAUUGGGGGCAACCAUCACCAGUGUUUGUUCAUGAACCCCACAUCUGUAGCUGUUAACAGCUGAAUGAAGACUAUGUAGGAAAGUUCUGGAAAAUGAUGGUUAAGUAAUUCAUUGUUCCCCGGAGUGUGAGCUGUGUUUUUGACUGGGUGUUUCCCUCCCUGCUGCCCUACUCUGUGGGGAACAGGGUCUUCUUCUAUUCUCAGCCUCUCCCGACUGCCCAGGCCAAGACUGGGGUCAGCUAAGAGCCAGACUGAGCAAGACUAUAUUCAAUUUGAACUCCAGGUUAACAAAAGUGGGUUUUGUUUGUUUGCUUUUUGAGACACGGUCUCCCUCUGUAGCCCAAGCUGGCCUCAGAUUGGCAGCAAAGCCUCUCUUUCCCUGGGAGCUGAGGUUACAAGCAUGCACCAGCAGCCCUGACUGUGUUUGUCUGAAAUCUGUUUUGCUCGGCUCCUGUAACUCUACCCAGGACAUGAGUAGAAGCAGGGGCCAGAGCCCAGGGGUGGUGGUUCAUUACUUUGCUGCUCUGACUGGGAACAGGCUGGCCCACCUCCUGGUCUAGCACAGCCAGUGGGAGUCAAGAGAGAGCAAGCUAAAUUGUAAUAGGAUUCUGGCCAGAUGAGGGUAGUGGCCUGCCAUGGGCUGCUCUGCUUCCAGAGUCCUCCCAGAUCCUGACCCGGAAACACUCACUGGGCUCCUGACUGGUGCUCCACGGAACUGUGCCUCUGGCCACCAGCACACGCACCCCUCCCAAUCUACCCGGUCAGUUCUAGACUCUAAACUUUGUAUUUUUUCCAUGACAUUGAUAAAGCAGUAAGAAAACAUUAAAAUUUCCUCCUAGCA